AACUCCCCCCACAGCAUAUCUGAAAGCUGUAAUUUCUUAAGUCAAUCAAUAUCCUCAAGUCUCUACAAUAUUAUAAGACUCCCCAACCAUCCAACUUUAUUUGGACCUUCGUGUAUGGCAAAGUCUAUCUCUGCUGCAACCCAAAAGGCUAAGGUAUUCCUUCUCUUCCUCAACUCAUCAUUUCUGCUGCUAAUUCUCUUCCUCCUUACUACCUGUCUCCACCCUCCUAAUUCUUUUCUCCAUCAACUCGCAAAGGCCAUCAUCAGAGAUGACUCGACUGAGUCUCCUGAUGUCUCCACUGGGGACUGCAAUGGCCUCCAUAGAUGUGAAAAUUAUGAGGCAAAAUGCAUCUACUUGGCAUCCCAAGCCGGAUGUGAUCCUGAAGGAUAUAUUAACUACCUCUAUCUCUUCUACUGUUUCUAUGGUGAAUAUCCCGUGCUCGGUUACACACUGCUAAUUUUAUGGCUUGUCUUGCUAUUCUACCUUCUGGGUAACACUGCUGCCAAUUAUUUCUGCUCAAACUUAGAGAACUUAUCAAGGCUUCUGAAGCUUCCCCCCACCAUUGCUGGAGUUACACUUCUCUCGCUAGGCAAUGGAGCUCCUGAUGCCUUCUCUGGCAUGGUCUCCUUCAUGGGGACUGGUUCCAAUGUCAUAGGCCUCAACAGCAUCUUAGGUGGUGCUUUCUUUGUGUCAUGCGUGGUUGUAGGCAUCAUAAGCUUCUGCAUAGGCCCUUGCGAGGUCUCUAUUGAUAAGUGGAGCUUCAUAAGAGACGUUUGCUUCCUCCUCUUUGUUCUUCUGCUUUUACUGGCAAUCAUCAUCAUAGGAAAGAUCAAUGUAUGGUUUGCAAUGGCUUUCACUUCCCUCUACUUGGUCUAUGUGCUCCUCGUAUCUAUCAGGCAUCUCGUUUGGAAGGAAGAUGAGGAGAAGGCAACCUUUGAUGGUGAUAAAAUGAACUUCCUCUCAUUCCAAACAAUGGAGCAUGGUGUAUUAGGAGCUCCUCUUUUGGAACCAAUUUCGACAGCGAAAGAAGGCUUAUGGAGCAAUGAACAUGAGACUGCCGAGAGCUGUUCUAAGUUCAAUCCAUUUGCUUCCUGCUGCUGUGGUAAAAUUCUGUACUUAUUGGAACUACCUCUGUAUCUUCCAAGGAGAUUAACCAUCCCAGAUGUUAGCAAGGAAAGAUGGUCGAAACCAAUUGCAGUUACUUCAGUGACAGUGGCACCAAUUAUUUUAACAGCUCUCUGGGAUUCCAAUUGGAAGGAAAAGAGCUCAGAGGAAAGGUUGGUGAUGUAUCUCUUUGGUGGUAUAGUAGGAAUGUCUCUAGGAAUUGCUGCAUUUGUGAAGACUAAGAAGGAUAGACCUCCAACAAGGUUUCUAUUUCCUUGGCUUGCAGGUGGCUUCCUCAUGAGUGUCAUCUGGACUUACAUUAUUGCUCAAGAGUUGGUCUCUCUCUUGGUUUCUCUUGGGCAUGUCUUGGAUGUAAGUCCUUCAGUUCUAGGGCUCACUGUCCUAGCCUGGGGUAACUCCUUAGGGGACUUGAUUGCUAAUGUGGCUGUGGCAUUGAAUGGGGGACCUGGUGGGGCCCAAGUGGCAAUGUCUGGCUGCUAUGGUGGGCCCAUCUUCAACACCUUGGUUGGCCUUGGUCUCUCCCUUGUCUUCUCCUCAUGGACUGAGCUCCCCUCUCCCAUGGUGAUCCCAGGGGACCCCUCCCUUCUUCAGACCCUGGGGUUUCUGAUUGGUGGCCUUCUGUGGGCCCUGGUGAUGUUGCCUAAGAGAGGCAUGAAGCCUGACAGGGUUCUAGGCAGUGGGCUCCUAUCUAUCUAUCUAUGUUUUCUGAUCUUAAGGUUUGCAGAGUCUCUUGGGCUACUUCAGCCUGGGGGCAAAACUGGUCCCAUUGGUGCAAUAAAUUCGUAAGGAUUUUCUAUUUCUUUAAUGUGUUCUGUUCAUCAUUGAAGCAUAAAAUGUAAAUUGAUAUCUGCUCUCUUAGUUUCCUCUGUGGUUUCUUACUCCAUGGUACUUAUUGGGUGCUUAUGUGGCUGUAACAAAAAAGUUGGUUGAAGAGCAUCUUUCUCAGCUGUAUGCUGAAACAAUAUUUGUAUUUGCCUUUCCAAUAGAUGCAAUAGAAUGCUUAUGCCACCUUUUCAAGAUC